AUGAGCACCCCGGAUACCGUCGGCCCCAUGGGUCGUAUCACUACGCCGUCCUACAAUCACGAGCUAGCAACAGUGAGAGCAGGAGUGCGACGAAGAACUGCAUCGACGGUGAGACGCAGCUACGAUGCGUCCAUUGUUGUUUUGGCUUUAGAAAGCACGGAUGGCACUGAUCACCGUCAAGGGCUUUCCACCUUUGAUAUGUGUUCACGCACUGUCAUUUCUGCAGCAGAGCGAAUGGUGAGUCUAGUACGAGAGCCUCAAAGUCUGGCCGUGGCUAUCGCGUACGAUGAGUGUCUGGAUAUUAUUACUGCAGCAGUGAAUCAAAUGGAGGAGACUGGUCCACAAGGAGUGAUGCAUGAACACGUCCUUGAAGUGUAUCAAGCCAUGCGCAGUAUCCACGAAGUACUACGACCAAGUUCAUCCGUUCGUCGAGCUUUGCAGUUCUAA